AACAUGUUUAACAUGCAGCCAACCGGGUUUCAGAGACCAAUGAGUGCGAGCAUCAGCUCUACUCACAGACACACCAGCAGAAGUGUUGAAGGAGAAUGGAUGCGGCAAGCAAAGCAGCAACAAGUCCCUCAUAAAUACAUUUCAAAAGAAAUUAGCGCUAAUAAUCAAGCCUCUGUUGCUGUUAGCAAGGCUCUAAAUAAUCCAAGUUUUAACAAAAGCACAUACAAUACUGAAAAAUCCUGGAGGAGCACUAACUCUAACAUAAAGUCUAACCCAUCAACACGCCCCUCAACAGCAGGAAAUUCUAAAUAAGUUUAAUGUUGGGUACCAGCGAGGAUCAAGCUUUCAAUCCUCACAAAUGCAAGCUAAUAAUGACAUUAUGAUGUCAAAUGCUCCAGAUAAUUACUGCCAUAUGAAAUCUGCACAUGACCAGCUCAGGACGAGACAGGGGACAACCACUUUCCAAAUGGGAAACAAAUAAUGGAAAAAUUGAAACUAGAAAACAACAUAAUAAGUCCUUUGACCAUACCAAGCAAGCUGCUGGCACAUAUAAGCCAAAGGUGCAAGCGCCUAGACACUCAAUGGCAUCCCACAUCACUGGAGGAUUUUCUCAAGUAAAUUCCUCUAGAGAGAAAGGAAAUCACCUCCAAGCUGGCUGAAGAAAAGCUGUUCCAAAUUUUCAUUAUUCUAGCCCAACUAAGAAUAAAAAUGUAACUAUCCAAUCUCCAAAAGGAGGUAAGAAGCCAACGCCACAACGCUCUAGGACUACAACUGCCAGGUCUCAAACAGUAAAGUCUAAAUCAGACGCAGAAAUAUUUGAAACAAACCGCAAGACCAAGAAUGGAGAUGCUUAUGUCUCCCAGACACAUGCUUAUUUCCAAACUUUAAAAAGCCCACCCCAACCAGUGAUGACCAAAGCUGCUUCCUCAAAAUAAUUCUAGUAAUUUGUGGAAUUCCUCAGGAGUUGGCUCAAAGCAGAGGGAAACUCGAAGCAGGGAGAAGAUAAAUACCUUUAACUCAAGCUUUACAAGCGAUAAAUCUAACAAAACUUCUAUCAACCCCUCAACUGAGAGAAUGUUGAUCGGCUUUAAGUACUCCAAUAAUGACACGAUCAAUAGCAACUUUAUCGAUAAUGUAGACCUCAGGUACCACUCUAAAGCUAAUUGGCACAAUCAAGGGCCCCUAAGUCAUGAUGUUUUAAUCCCAGAAGACCCAAAAAGAAUCGAAAAAUCUGCCAAUGAGAAUCACUAUCUCAACAAGAAAUAUAAGCAAAACCUCCUUGAAACUCACCACAAAGAUGGCGACCAGGCUCAAGUCUCAAGUGGCGUUGAAGUACUAGAAACCAAAGUUCUCGAUUCCACCAAGAAAGAAGCAUUUUCUGAAAAACCGAGUCAUGCAAGGUCAUCUAAAUCUAUGCACAGCUGCUUAGAUUCUAACUCUGAUGCAAAAUCAGCCAUUGCUUACCCAAGAAUGAUGAUUAAAAAGCACCAAGAAGCUGGAACUGUAAAGUUGUCAUAUAGCAAAAACCCUAAAAACUAUCAUUUUCUUCAAAAAGCCUAUGGGAUCCAAUCAAUGCCGUUCAAGAGUUCAGAGACAAAGCACACAUAUCGAGAGACGAUGCUCAAACAAAAUAAGGGACAUUUGGUAUAUAAUGAGCUACCGAAAGACACUCGCUCAGCCAAUCUUGCUAAGGCAAGUCCAGUAAAGCCCAGCAAAAAUACCAAUCCAAAAGAUACCCCUUCAGCUAACAGAACUAGAUAUGCCAAACGGAACAAGAGCAGUAACAUAAAGUGGAAUUAUGCCAAGAAUAAGGAAGAAAAGAGCCUAAAAAUAGCACUUGCCAGAUCCAAGAAGACCAUCCAAAGAACGAAAUGGGUUGUCUAA